GAGAUAGUUGAAAUAAGUUGACCUGUGUCUCCGCGGUCGAGCGCGCUCGUUCUGCUCGAAACGUUCGAGCACGAAACGUUACGUUAGUUUGUCGUAAAUUGAGUUACGUCUCGUCGUAUCUGUUGUACGGUUCGGAUAUUGCAUCGUGUAGUCCUCAGUGUGUGCAUGUGUGUGUGUCAAUGAUUCGUUAUUAACGGUGCAGUUCGGCCUGAUAUAUCAGAAGAUAAAUUAUGAUGGUCUGAUCGCGGUUCCAACAUGACUGUGGAUUUCGCCGACUACUUUUGGGGCGAAAAGAAUAAUGGAUAUGACGUGUUAUAUCAUAACAUGAAGCAUGGUGCAGUUGCAAGCAAGGAGUUGGCUGAGUUUCUGAAAGAACGAUCAACCAUAGAAGAAAAUAAUUAUAAGGUUCUGAGUAAGCUAGCUAAACAAGCUGGCAGUAGCAGUAGUACGCAAGGAACAUUUGCACCUGUUUGGGCUGCCUUAAGAGGAGCAGCAGAAAAACUUGCUGGUUUGCACUUGCAAAUGGCCCAAAGGGUCACUGAACUAAUAAAAGAUGUAUCAAAAUAUACAGAUGAAUUACAUAAGAAACACAAGGCUGUAAAAGAAGAAGAGUCAUCUACCUUGGAAGUUGUGCAAAGUAUACAGAAUAUUACUGUGACAUUACAUAAGGCAAAAGAUAUGCGUAUGCAAAAGGGUCUUGAAUUAGAAAAAUUGCGGAAAGACAAUGCCAGCCAAAAAGAAUUAGAAAAAGCAGAAAUUAAGUUUAAAAAAGCACAGGACGAUUAUAAAACUUUGGUUGAUAAAUAUAUGGGCAUAAGAAAUGAUUUUCAAACCAAAAUGACUCAAACAUGCAGGCGAUUCCAAUAUGUAGAGGAAACACACUUAAAGCAUAUGAAGGAAUUUUUAAACAUCUAUGCUGAUGUUUUGCAGUCAAAUCAUGAACAAGUUGGUCAAGUUCAUAUUGAUUUUAAACGACAAUGUUCAGACAUGACAGUGGACAAAUUAUUAGAGCAAUUUGUACAAAGCAAAUAUACAGGUUUUGAGAAACCAGGUACAUUCGAAUAUGAAGAGAUCAUAACAGGUUUAGGAGAAAUGACCAGUCAUUCUCAGUUGGAAAGCAAUGUUGAGACACCUAAGGAAACAUCAAAAGGAGCUAAUGGAGAAACAGGCGUUGCUGGUAACAUUCACAGUUCAAAAAACGAUCGGGGAUUAAAAGGGGAGGGUUGUCAGGUGGAUGAGGAAAAGGGGACGGUACAAGAAAAAACAAAUGAAAAUCUGAAUGAAAGAGACAGAGAAUUGUCACAUGCACAAGCCACCAAGGCUUCCCGGCGUACUACCUCGCUACUCAACCUGUUCAUGUCCAACUCCCAGGACAAACAGAAGCAAGCAGGGUCUGGUUCGGCACCUGCAACUCCUCAGGGGAACAACCUGCCUCCUGCUGUUCCACCUCCCAGCAUCUCCAGGAACCCUCUCAGAGGAUCUAAAUGGUUUCUUCGCAGCAGAAGAGAGAAAAGAAAGGAAAAGAAGGCGAAAAAGAAGAAGGAUAUUGUGGAAACGAGCAGCAACAAAGAAGAAAAGUCUGACCUGGAGGAUAAGGAUGACAGUAGAAAGUCUGAAACACCGACACCGGAAGUAGAUGAGGAUGGUUUCUGUAUUAGACCAAAAGCAGAGCCGUGGGAGAAUGAGAAAGGAUUUUAUUCUAGCUCAGAUACCGAUUCCGAAGAUGAGAGGGAACGAAAGAUUCGAGUGGAAAUAAAACCACUAAGCAAUGGCGGAGCACCGAUGAGCGCCAGUGUGGACGAACUCAGGGCGACUGUGGAAAAUCUAUCGUUAUCGCCUGCACCGACGGGACGCAGAGGAUCAAAUAACGAUUCAGAUCAUCAUAUGAAAAGGUCUCAGUCAGUGUCACAGCAAUUAGGAGGUAAGCCAAGCUCGGAUUUACUUGGCCUAAACUUGUUCAAUCCUAGCAGUACACCAUCGAGCGCCUCAACGCCGACUGGUAGUCAUCCGUACGCGCCAUUGCAAAGUCCUCCGCCACUGUCUUUGUCACCGACGCCUCAACCACAGCCGCCACAAUCCGCACCACCUACACAUCCUCACCCACGAUUCCCUGAUGGAGAUUUGUUUUCGGAAGUAGGAGACAUCACUCCGGCCUUACCUCCCAAGCAAUCCGCAUCCUCCACUCCGACAGGAUCCAUCAUCAUUCCUAGACCUCCGUCCCGAAGAGGAGAAGGUCCAUCGCCAAGGGGUAGAAGUUCACCGGCAACUAUAUCCAGAGCCGAUAGCGUGGCUAGCUUAGAGUUUCGUACAGCUGGUGUUGGCGUUGGCUCUUCCAGGGGCCCAUCUCCGCUCACGAUUGGACUCGCAGACACUAUACCUUUAGCAGUUGCUUUCCAUGAGAUAGUACACUCUUAUUUCAGAGGUACCGAUGAAACACGGUGUCAGGUGAAACUCAGUGGAGAUAUGAUGUUAUCGUUUCCUGCUGGUAUCGUCGCCGUGUUAGCGAAUAAUCCAAGUCCUGCGAAACUUACGUUUCGCGUGCGAAACAGUAAUAGAUUGGAAAAAUUGUUCCCUAAUAAUCAGCUUGUCAGCAUGGAUGCAACGCAGACAACUGUCGACAGUACAAUUUUUGAAUUCAAUAUGAGUGCCUUAACUACGUUGUUGCGCAAACAGGCUGAACAAAAUCCCUCAGCUUCGUAUUUUAACGUCGACAUACUCAAGUAUCAAAUCAAGUGCAAGGAGGGCGCAGGUUCAUGUCCUUUCCAGCUGGUUGCCUAUUGGAAGUGUGAAACGACUCAUACCGAUCUUAAGAUUGAUUAUAAAUAUAACAGUCGUGCUAUGGCUUCUCCGAGUCCACUGUUAAACCUUCAUGUGGCUGCGCCCAUAGACGGAGGUUUCAAGUCACUGAAUAGUAAACCUCAGGCACAGUGGUUGCAAGACACGAAUCGGGUACUGUGGAAGUUCACGGAACUGUCGCAGCACAGCGAAGGUAACGGCGUAGGCUCAUUGAAAGCUCGGGUGGAACUUGCGCAUGGGCCAGGAAACCAAGGAACCAUAUUCACACAGUUUAAUUGCGAAGGGACCACAUUAUCUGGAGUUGAGUUCGAGCUUUUAGGCCCGGGAUAUAGAUUAAGUUUAGUAAAGCGUAGAUUCGUAUCUGGAAAGUAUAUUUGUGAUGGAGAUUCCGACUCACGAAGUAGAUACGCUGCUCCACCAUCCAAUGUGGAUUGACGACUUCCAGAAUGGGCGCCUCAAUGGGAGAGCCUGCCCAUUUAAUAUUGGCACUUGCUUGUUCAUUCACUGCCCAUACCACGACUAAUGUUCGUUCAAAUUCGAAAUCGGCGUGGGGAAGCCUGUUGGAUACCAAAGAACGUGUGCGAUACAAUAAUAAGAUUACAUAGUAGACGAAUAAUUUGUACAGAUGCCGUGAUGCUACGUGAUUUCCAUAUAGCAGAAUGUAAAGUUUAUUCACGUUACGUGUUAAAAAAGGAAAAGAAAGGAUCUUGGAUACGAGAAAGCGGCAAAUAAAGAUCACAUAAAUUUGUACCCUUCAUAAAUUAAGAUGAGUAUGGUACGAUAUAUAUGAUCUUAGGCGAAGAAAAUAUUUGGACAGAAAUGUAACGAAAAACAUAGUUGGACUUCGUAAGUCACUCGCUACCUGAUGAAUAGCGUUCUGUGUUUUAUAACUUGUAUAUUUUUCAAUUUUUCUAUAUAUUCUCGAUUAGAUUGUACUAUUUUAGUAAAGUUUGUACGUGAUGCGUAAACGAGGUGUAACUACGACGACGAUGAUGACGAUAACGACAGCAGAAAACGUUUAAAACGUCGAAGAGUAAGUAGACCUUUCUCGCAUAAAACCUUUGGUGUCCAGCAUAUUUUUCACCACGAUAUUCUCGCCAUAUUAUUGUGUAUGUGUAUAUAUAUAUAUAUAUAUAUACAUAUAUAUAAUCAAAAUACAUACGUUAUGACUUUUUUUACCUAACAGCACGGAAAAGCUCUAGAAAAGAUCAUCAAACAGUACAAUGUUCUUAAUCUAUUGUUAAAUUCUGCGUUAAUUUUAAUGUAAUUAUUAUAUAUUGCUAUCUUAUCGUUAAGAAGUUUUGAAAGAAAUGUAAAGAUUCUGUAACACCAAUUAACUUCGUGUCUGUACAUUAGCGUUUCUAUUUUAUACGGAGGCCCUAUAUUUACUUUUUAAAUUUUUCGAUGUAGUCCUAUGGUAUACGUUUUCAGAUCUGUUUUUACCGAUAUCCGUGGAAUUUUUGAAAAAAUAUUUGGUUACACGUACAUUUAAAAAAUUAAUGAUUCUCAAAAUGAAAUCGUGUUCUUUGUUUUACAACACAUUCAACUUUAUUGCGCAGCGAUUCCUGCGUUCGUUAACGCUGGUAAAGAAGAAAAAAAAGAAGAAAAAAAAAAGAAUUGCAACGUAGUUUUGCUUUAUUUAUGAACAAAGAAAAUAGCGAGGACGUUAAGAACAAAAUGUUCGAUAGAGAUUAGUAAUAGUUCAUACGUAUACUAAGUGAAAUUGGCAAGUAAUGAAAAAGAAAUGCUUUAUUAAAAUGAUUAAACAUACGAUUUUAACAUUGUAACAAACAAAUUAGUUGCGCGAUUUGCGAUUAAUUUUUUAGAUCUUGUGAAAGUUUCGAAGAAUUGCAAGUUAAAUUUCACGGUAAUUCCACAGUGAUCGUUUCGUUCUUUCCAUUAUCGCAAAAAUAAUUUAAUAUUUUUUCUAUAAUUAUCAUUAAUUAUUUCCUAUAUUUAUUAUUUUAAAACGAGAAUUACUACGUUAACUUUUAAUGUGAAUCGACUGUAUCCUAUCGUUUUCUUGUUUUUCCUUAUUCUUUCAUUUUCAGUAUUUUUUGCAAUGAUUUUGCGAUAUAUUCGUAAAGCGAAUCGACCGUUUUUAGAGACAGUCCAUCUCGUUUAACAGUUACAUGUGCAUACAUACCGCCUGUGUGUAUAUGUAUAUGUGUAUAUAAAAACGAAGUAAUAACUUUAAGAAUAAGUCUGAAAAAAUCGAAUUCGAAUAUUAUUAUAUAGUCCAGCACACACGAUGCUUCCUUUUGUGCAAAUUUAGAUUAUCGGCAACAAGUUAGCAUCUAAAUACCAUGUAUCCUCGUGUAUAGUUCACAUAAUGUAAAAUAUUUUUUUAAUUUUUUCCAUCCAUUUUAGAAGUUAUAACAUUUUACUUCUUAAUUUUUUAUUGAUAUUUUAGCAAAGCUAUUAGAUUUUAUGAAAUAUAUCUUGUUUAUUUUUUUCCUAAUGUUAUAUUUAUAACGUCCGAUAAAAAUGAUAAAUUCAGUUGACAUACUCAAAGAUCUAGAUUGUUUAAUUUUGAUCUAUGCACGAGUUGCAGUGAUACUUGUUGCAAGGUAUUCGUUACCUGGCUCUAAAAGUGCAUUAUCCUUUAAGCUAUGAAGUAAUUCGUAGAAAAAAUGCGAACUGCUAUGUUUGGUUAUUGGAUGACAAGCACGGUAAACUUUUUUAUAGCUAUCAUUCAUUUGAAAGGUACAUUGUAAGAUGAUUUUAUAUUUUAAGAAAACUAUUUAGCGUUUAACCGCGAAGCUCCACGUCUAUUUUACGAAUUUACAUUUCAUUUUGUUAUUAUUAUAGUAAUGAUUACUAUUAUUAUCAUAUACUCAUGUGAAGAAAGAAAACAAAGAAAAGGUCUACGAAGAGCAAUAUAAAGAAACCAUCUAAGUAAUGCGAUAAAAUUGGUGACCACUCCAUUUGAUGUUGUUUAAUACUUAACAAAUAUGUUGAUAUGUUUCUUUUAGUACAGCUUUUACAUUGAUUGAUCCUAUACUGAAAGCAUUUGAUCGGAAAAAAUUGUUUGGAAAUGUUCGAUUAUGUACAUCGACGAUUUGAAGAUUAAAUAUCUAUCUUUAGUACAUGGUUGGGCAUGAUAAUGUUUAAAAAAAAAGAUAAAUAAGGAUGAAGAAAAACAGAAAAGAGCAUACGAUUAUUAUGGAGUGGUUCCUGCGAAAAAUCGACUGAGCUCUUCUGUGAUACGCAAAUGUCACUAUAAUUUCGUAAUAAAUGUUUGUAACGAAACAUAAUUAAUGUUAGUAUGAUCGCGUUCACUUUCUUCCUGACUGAAUUCCCGAACAAAGAACUGACGGUGUUUAAAAAGAAAACGUGGUUUAACUGCGGCUUUUAAUCACCCUUUGAUAUCAUUACAGUCGGGCAUAAGUUUUUUCGAUUCCUAUGCGUACGAUUACGCAGAAAUAAAACAUAUGAUUAGAUUUUAUGCGACUCGCUUUUUACGUAUUAUUGUAAUAAUGACGAGAAAUACAAUUUUAUCGGAUUCUGAUAAAUAACAUCACACAUACAUACACACACACACACACACGAGAGAGAGAGAGAGAGAGAGAGAGAGAGAGAAACUUUCAACAAACACGCGCAUUUUGUGUUGGAAUUGACACGCAUACAAAAAAAUAAAGGUAGUCGUGUGUACAGGACUUAAAGUCAUGUGUGAGAGAAAGGGAGUAUGAAAAAGGAAUGAAAGGAAGAGAGAAAGAGAGAGAGAGACAUGCGUUAAAAGAUAGGAUUGCAAUGCAAUUGCAUAUACAUAAUAAACUCUUAUACAUAGUAUAAAUACGAACAAGAAGAUAAAUUAAUACGAUAUACAUGUUACAUGAUACAUAGAAUGGUUAUGUAAGCCUGUUGACAUGUAAUGUCUAUGUUCUAAUAAAGAUUAGGAUAUUUUAUAUAUAAAUAAAUCAUCAAUUGUGUAUGUA